CAUUCACAGUCCCUCCGUGGCAUCCUCUUUCCACUGGUCUUACCGCAGUCGUGAUUACACGUCUAUCAAAAUGCAGUAUAAUCGACAUCGCGUCCGCAUGAAAUGUUUUUGGUGGUGAUCUUUUUCCCCACUCAUGUGAUAGAUGACUUCUUCAAACGAGGAUACUAACUAGCAACUUUGGACUUUUAUAUGUUGCUCUACUCCAAAAAUAACACUAAUAUAUAAAGGAAAUCGGACACGAACAUUUCACCCAGACAAUGAGAUUAUUCGUUAUUCAGCAUUACAUUUACUGACACCUAGACCAGCUCACACUGAAAGGGCAGUCCAUACACAUUCGUAUAAGUGCCGGUACGGUGUCCUGUUCCCGCAAAACUCUCAGGGUUGGGUGGCGAAAUCAGGGUUGGGCAACCCUCCAUCUGCUCCAACACAACGGAUAGAGGGGAGGAAAACUUAAACCUCAUGCCUCCACAAAGUCAUUUGUGAGGCAAACAUUUCCUCUGAACCAUUGCUCAAUAGACCAGCAUGGAGAGAGGGGUCAGAACAAGACUAGAAACAGGAGCGGCAGAUGAGAAAGGCACUCUCACUCAAGGAAAUACUCAAUUUUCAGGGAGUGAGGACCUAGGACCUGAAUGUUGCAAGUGUAAUGGCUUGAUCAAUACCCAUAACUUAAUGGUGGAGACUAAGGAAGGACUGGUGUCUGUCUAUUCUGCCCCACAGUAUCAGGUCCAUGUGGUGUCCAAGGACAAAAAUGGGACACAGGAUGGUAGAGGGCCCCCACAGUUGCUAAACCCCAGCACCCUGCCCCAAGCUAUAGACUCUUACUACAGACCCAACCUCAUUCUUUACCCCGAGAACAUGUUGAGAGCAUGGGGUGAAGGAGGGGACUGCUGUGAAACCACCUUCACUGAGGACAUAACCCCUGCCUCUUCUGGAUCAGCUGUCUCUAAAGAUGGAAUUCUGUUCACUGACAGCAAGCUUCUGGAUCUCUCUAUGGAAGACGCCAAGAUCCAGACACUGUCCUAUGAUGUUGAUGAUGAGGAUGACGAUUUUCAAGAACUUGAGAGUGAGUACUCAAGUGACUCAGAGAGUGAGGACAAUUUCCUCAUGAUGCCCCCGAGGGACCAUCUGGGCCUCAGCGUGUUCUCCAUGCUCUGCUGUUUCUGGCCCCUUGGCAUUGCAGCUUUCUACCUGUCUCACGAGACAAACAAAGCGGUGACUAAAGGGGACUUUCACCACGCCAGCUCCAGCUCCAGACGUGCACUUUUCUUCGCUGUGCUAUCCAUCACCAUCGGGACUGGCAUCUACGUGGGUGUGGCUGUGGCCCUUAUCGCAUACCUCUCCAAAAACAAUCUCUUGUAGCCUUCCCAUGCAUACCCCAAUCUUACCUUUCAGCAAACAGACAGAGUUCACUAUAAGGCCAGCUGAGCUGUUUGGGAAAACACACAAUGGUCACGAUAUGGGACUCACCAGCAAUGUGUUCCACUCCUGCACUUUUAAGAGUUGCCCCAUUUGAUUGGGAAGAUCAUCCUUUUUUUUUAUCCCCUUUUCUCCCAAUUUGGAAUGCCCAGUUCCCACUACUUAGCAGGUCCUCGUGGUGGCGCGGUUACUCACCUCAAUCCAUGUGGCGGAGGACAAGUCUCAGUUGCCUAUGCUUCUGAGACAGUCAAUCCACGCAUUUUAUCACGUGGCUUGUUGUGCAUGACACCGUGGAGACUCACAGCAUGUGGAGGCUCUCUGCGAUCCACCCACAACUUACCAUGCGCCCCAAUGAGAGCGAGAACCACUAAUCGUGACCACGAGGAGGUUACCCCAUGUGACUCUACCCUCCCUAGCAACUGGGCCAAUUUGGUUGCUUAGGAGACCUGGCUGGAGUCACUCAGGGAAGAUCAUCAUUUGCGCAAAUGUCAUGAUCACCUUUCAGCAUUUUUCCAUCAUGUGACCGUGUGUCAUGUGACAUCACCAGUAUUGUUUGUUAUGCUAACUGUUUGUGAAACGGCAAAUCUAAUGCUACUCAUAUGAAAUUUUAGCAGUUAAAGUCAACACGAAAUCAAAAUUACUUGGUUACUACACAUACAGAAAAAGCAUUUUUGCAAGUUACAUAAAUUGCUAAAAAUUAUCUUAUCAGCAUGAAAUAAACUAGAUAUGCCAACUUUUCACAAUCCAAUACAUUUCAGAUGGAUUAAAAAAGCAGAGAAAAAAACUAGUCCCGUCCUAGUGUUGAAUAUCCUGUUUCGCUUUGUAGGUGCUACUGGUUGUUUAAAUCAGUUUUACUAUCAGAAAUAAUCGAUAAUUAAUUGUUAUUAAUUAUGGAAUAAUCAAAUAACAAUUAAAUAACUAAAUAGAAUUUAACAAACUAUUCUCCAGAAAUGAUCAAUAAUUAAUUGUUAUUAAUUAUGGAAUAAUCAAGUAGCUAAAUAGUAAUUAAAUAGAAUUUAAUUCAUUAAACUCUAUUCUCGGGGCACCACUCUUUGAAAAGAGAAAAAUGAUAGCAAGUUACUGACUGAGUCUCAUAGAAUAAAAUCUACCCUGUAGUUUGAGUGUCUUAAUUGUUAAUCAAAAUAAUCAAAGGGGAAACCUAGUUCAAUUAUUUUGAUACGCAAAUCCAACAGUAAUCUAGUUACAGUUAGUUUCUAAUACCAACAACAUAAUAGUACUCUGAGGUAACUUGGGAGUUCUUCACGUGGCAGAGGUUGGCUUCAACACAACAUUCAAACAAAAACAAACAGGAGUACUUAUAAUAUAACAAGAUUUAUUAUAAACAAGCAGUAGUGAACACAGCCAAUACUAUCCGAAUAUAAUCCAGUUAAAAUCAAUGAUAUCCUAAGCUAACAGUGGAGCUAUAUGCUAGUGUGUGUGUGUGUGUGUGUGUGUGUGUCCCGGUGUGGUAACCAAGGAAUCAAAAUGGAGGAUCAGAUUCAAAAUGGAGGGUUAAAUCCAAAAUGAAGCUAAUACCACGUGUGGGUGGAAAUGAGCGGACACACUAAGGGACUGACGGAACAGGCGGGAGAAUUUGGCGGCCAGCCAGUGAACACAGCCAAUACUAUCUGAAUAUAAUCCAAAAAUAAAAUCAAUGAUAUCCUAAGAUAACAGUGGAGCUAUAUGAUAGUGUAUGUGUGUGUGUGUGUGUGUGUGUGUGUGUCUAGGUGUGGUAACAAAGGAAUAAAAAAAAAUGGAGGAUCAGGUUCAGAAUGGAGGGUUAAGUCCAAAAUGGAGCUGAUCCCAUGUGCGAAUGGAAAUGAGCGGACACACAAAGGAACUGACGAAACAGGCGGGAGAAUUUGGUUCACCAGCCUGAGUCGAACACGAACUGAGGCGCCGCUCACUCAAUGAAUAUCAAUGAGAGAGAGAGAGUGAGAGCGAGCGGGAGCGAGGAAGAAUGCAUGCAGUUUAGUUAAGGGUAACCGCUCGUAACAGCGGGACUGAAUUACUAGUUCAAAUCACUCAACAAAACAAACGUAACCCCAAAAGAAACUAAAACAAAUAUCCCCACUUGAAACAGCGAGCAGAGUUUAACAUACAGAUAUAUAUAUAUUCAAAACAUCAGCAUUUAGAAUCAAAAAUACGAUUUAGAUUCACAAGAAAAGUCACAGUUUCUAAACUAAAUCUGCCCAGAUAUCAAGCCUUACUUGGGAAAUCCUGUGUGAUUUCAGUAGGUUUGUCCGUUGGAAUUCCUGUUGCAUUGAGCGGUCAGGAGAAACGGUCUGGAUGGUUCCUUGUCUUACGCUCGUUAGCGGAAAGACGCGUCUCUGCUUUAUUCUUCGGAUCCAGCGGUGGGGAAGAAUGCAGAUAGUCAACGUUGAAUGAAAAAGAGGGAGAAGGGAAACUGGUCGCCUUUCCGUUUUUCAAAAUGAAUUCACUGUUGCUUUACAGUGAAACUGAACCGGUUGAUAUAAGUAUACUAUAAGACUUGAACAAAGCUAAGUUAAUCUUACUCUACCGUGGCCAAAUGGCGAGGUUAGAAAAACGUGGUCACUUUGUUCUCAGUCCAAACGGAGGGAAAACUCCUUCAGUACGUGCACAGUACAGAUGUCCCUUUAGAGCCAGGCAGAGCUUAGCACAGAGAGAGCGAAAUUCAUCUGUCCGCGGGUUUUGUUGACGAGAUGACGUCAUCGGUCGUAGGCCACUCGACCAAUGGCUUUUAAGCCUGGGUCCAUGGGCGGGACUUCGCAUCCAGUUGUGAAUUUGUGAAGGACCUUGGGAAACUGAGUUCAAUGUCUCUCCUUUUGACCAUAGAACAAAGGGCCAUGCGGUCUCUGCUGCCAUUUUAAGUGGGCCAAGGCCCUACACCUUGCAUAUAUAUCAGAUAACAGAAGUAAAAUGAGUUACAAACACGGUUUCAUGUUGACUUUAAUCUCAGUUUGUCACAAACACAACAUUUAGGAUGCCGAUCUAAACUGUCAAAAGAUCUAAACAAUCAAUGAUUUUACUGAAUGUUUUUUUGGGGUGUGUGAUGCUUAUCGAGAACACAGUCUAUAUGAAGUGCCAAAGUGCUUUCAAGCAUUUUUAAUAAGAGCUACUGAAUCUCAAGGUCUGUUACUCUCUUUUUGAUAUUACAUACACUAAAUGAACAUAAAGCCAUAUAGAUGGAUUUUCUUAAGUACUCUGUAAAUAUGUUCUGAUGCUUUCAGUUUCUAUAUGUCAUUGUAUAAAGCUGUAAAUGAGUUUGCUGUCAAAUUGUCUCCCAUUAUCUGGGAACCACCUCAAGUGUCAUCCAGGAAAAACGUCUAAAUUUUCACAAAAAUGUUACACUGUUUAUGCGUAUUGGUGUGCAUGUAAACACACUGAAUGAAUUAAAUUACAGUGUAAAAUUGUCUGAACAGUUAGGUGACAUGUAAAAUGCCAUCAACAAUACAAAAAAACAAAAACAAAAACAAAAAAAAAACUAGAAAAGGAAACUUUGGAAAGACAAACUUUGAUGCUGGAUUGAGAAAGCCUUUUCUGAAUGUUUACAUGAGUAUUGCGGGCAGAUGGAUGGAUGAUUACUUAAUCCUUUAAAAACGGACAGCAACAUUUGUCCCUUGACUA